AUGCCUAUCCAAUCCUGAAUGCUGAUGCCUUGAACGAUGUCACAACGGAAUGCUCAAAUCUCUAUUCAACUCUCUCUUGUGGUGGUCCUCAGUAUCCUCGCUCAUUUGGCUAUGAUCCGUACAUUAGUACUGCUGCUGCCCUCAGUCAGUCAAGUCAAGCAAAUAACUCUUUUGCUACUCAACUACCAGCUUCGGCACUUCUGCCUCCUAAGGAAAUUCAUGACGACUUCUUCGACGGACCCGAUCUGCAGUUGCUGGCGCCGUUUGUUGCACAGGAGGAUGUGAUGCAGCUGACGACUGAUAUUCAAGGAUUGUUACCGGAGCUGAAUUUUGCCGAUUGGAUACCGGCUGAUCCUACUCCGCUAAGUAUUUCCUGUUCAGAAACACAGAGACUCAAUUCUUUCAGUGACACUUCGCCAGCAUUGUCACCAAUCAUCUCAAACCCAGUACCACAACUUAAUUUGAGUGGAAGUGUCGUUAUGUCCACAUCGGCGACUUCUCGCAGGCCAUCUGCAUCCUCACCAUCACGUCACAACAGCAACACCAAUGCAAAAGCAACUACCUUCAGGCCUAUCCCUUAUCCAACACCAAAUAAACCAAACGGAUCGAAAGCGAGUGGCACAAACCCGGCUCAUCACUCCUUUUGUAGUAGGUUCUUUGCGUGUGUUUGCUAG